UGGCUCAAAGAGAGCAGCGACCUCGUGGAUAUCUGAGUCUUCACCAGCACAUCGAGAGAGACAGAGAGAGAAGCAGCUGACAGGACGACUCAGGAGAAAGCAAAGAUGCAGUGGAGUCUGUUUGUGCUCAUUCUGAUGGGUCAGUGUUCCUUCUUCACAUGUCACCUCUAUGAGUACCACUUCAUUCCUGAGGGAAAGACCUGGGAGGAAGCCCAGAGUUAUUGCAGAGAGAAUUACAUUGACCUGGCCACAGUGUCUGACAUGAGAGACGUGGAGAGAUUGACUAACUCUUCACAGACUACAGACGCCUGGAUUGGACUGCACAGCAUAUCAAGAAUGUCGUGGCACUGGUCUCUGCCGGGGGUGGAGUUCGAAGAAUCUGAGACAGAAUGGGAGACAGGUCAGCCGGAUAAUAAGGCUAACUGUGUGGUGAUAAGACGUCAACAAUGGCACGAUUGGCCUUGUAAUGAACAUCGUGGGUUCAUCUGCUACAAUGAACCAAAUCAAACAUACCACUGUAAAUAUGAGACCAAGAACUGGCUUGAGGCUCAGAGCUACUGCAGAGAACAUCACACUGACCUGGUCAGUGGAUUCAAACAGAUGAAUUCAACAGAAUUCAAGGAAACAAUCAAAACAGUGUCAAAUCCAAAUAACGACUUUUGGAUCGGCCUGUUCAGAGACACCUGGAGUUGGUCAGAUGGGAAGAAUUUCUCUUUCAGACACUGGGAGGACUCAUUUGAAGAUGUAGCCUCAAAGUGUGCUAUGACUACGCCAAAUGGAAAAUGGAGCUCCAACACCUGCACAAAUAAAAAACCCUUCUACUGCUAUGCCUAUGGCGACAAAGUGAUCCUGAUCAAAGUGAAGAAGACUUGGGAUGAGGCCCUGACUUACUGCAGAGAGAACCAUCGUGACCUGGUCUCCAUCACUGACAGACACCAGCAGAGAUGGGUCGAAAAGAGAGCCAAGAUGGCCGACACUGAGUUCGUCUGGCUGGGAAUGCGCUACACCUGCACUCUGGAUCUGUCUUUCAGGGUCAGUGAUCGUUCGGUCUGCAAUCCUAACUUGACCCCCAAAAAAAAGACUGUUCGUUGUGACAGUGCUGUGGCGAUGAAGAGAGAUGGAAAGUGGUACAAAAAGGCUGACAGUGAAAAGUUUCAUUUCAUCUGCGCUAAGUAAACCCAUUGGUCUAUUUACUGCAACAAGCUCACUCUUCUCUAAUCUGUAUCUGCUCUCUGGGUUUAUUGAAUGGCUCUAGUUCAAAUAUAGAAAUCACAGCCUGAAGAGGGGAGAAACUAAAUUACUAACAGAUUACUAACUGAAAUUGAGAAAAAGGGGCGACACUAAAGUCAACAUAUUUGCCUCUGUGAACAUCUGAAUGACUUUAUGAUAUGGAUUUGUUGUAGUAGUUAUUGAUAUAAUGCAUGUAUAUUUAUCCUCUUAAAGUGUGAAACCUGUAAUCUUCAUUUGAAUUGUUGUUGUGUCCUAUUAUAUGUUUAUGAGGAAAAAUAUAUAAAAAGACAAAUCUAUUGUGUUUUGCUUUUCCUAAAAUGUUUUACGUUAUGGUUGAAAUGUGGUGAUGGUUAUAGUAGGUAUAUAUGUGUGUGUCAUAUUUACCUUUUGUGGAGUUUUAACUGGAUGUUUAAUUGUCUAAAGCUGAAUAAACGA